AUGAUGAAAUCGAUACUUCGCGCAAGUCUGCGACGACCCAGAUCUCCCCUGUUGUCUGCCGUAUCCGCGAGAUAUUCCUCCUCUCAUCAUGGCGCCGAGGCUAUAUCAAUCACAUCGACGGGAUUCCAAGGUUCGGAACAUCAGUCGAUACAUUCCAAUUGGUUCGCCUUGUCAGCGGCCAUGACUGCUGCCGCUGCUGCCUCUGCUGCCUCCACCGCCACUUUUACUUCACAAUGUGAGAGUGAACCACCUCCCACCAUCGAAGCCACUGCCAAGACUGAAAACAAUGAUGAUGAACAAGAAGAAGAAGUGGAUCCAUAUGACAACUUACCAGUGGAAGAUGAACCAACAAACUGUUCUAUAUGUUUAACGUAUCGUCAAGGUCCAUGUCGGCCAUACUGGAGAAAGGUAGAAGCUUGCACAAAGGACAAUGAAUUGAAGAAAGACGAUGACAAAGAAAGCGACGAUGACAAAAAGUCAUCUGAAAGCAACGAAGAAGAGGAAGAAGAAGCCGACCCACCAUGUUUGAAGUACAUGCUUCCUUGGAUUGACUGCGCUUCUGGAUUCCGCAACCUCUACAACCUAAUUGAACUUGAUACCAACUACACCAUCGGCAUUGCCGAUUUGGAAAAAGACGCUUCCAAGAACUUGUGCUGGGCGGCUUCCAGCACUCCUUCUGUUGAUUGGUCAGCUUGGGCAGCCUAUCGAGAAGAAAAUCCGGAUUGGAAGCUCCCCGUAACAGAAAACUCCGAAUCACCAGAAAAUGCAUCAUUGUGGAAAACCCUUGAUCAAUCCAAAGAUCCUGUUCUUGUCGAAGUGGUGGCUACUGUAAACUUGAUGGAAGACGAAGGCAUUUUGGAAUGUGCGUAUGCACAAGACCAAGGCGGACAUGUGAUUGGCUUUCAAUACGGCACCAAACCAAGUGAGGCCUUUGACACCGAAAAGAAGGAGGAAGGGGAGGAAGAAGCCAAACAGGGCCCAACGGCGACAUUGAAGAUUCGGAUUCUCCCAGAACGAACUCAAACCGUCACCAUUGCAGCAUCCUAUACUCAGCCACCUUCGGAAGAGCAGAAAGAAUCUAAGGAUUUGAAGAAAGAUUCGUCCUUCCAUUCCUUCAUCUUUAAGAGUAAGCCUAUUGUCUUGGAUCAAGUUGAGCUCCCAAAGACAGAAAAGAAUGAAGACGAAGAAGAAUCAUGA